AUGUCACACAACCUUGUCAGGUCCGAGGUGAUCUAUCGUCCACCUAAAAUGGCCAAUUUUCGGAGGACUUCGAGAGCACCCCGGACCCCAGACAAAAGUCGAGUAGCCGCGUGCUGCAGUAAGGGACUUGCGCCAGCACCUCGAACGACGUGUGGAAACUCAACACAACUUCGACACUCAGUCAAGCCCCAGGACAGCGUCGCCGAGGAACUCUUCCAUCGAGCACAGGAACAGGAGCUCCACCUUCUCCAGGUCCCUGAUGACGCUCAUGUCGCAAGGCCCGACGACAGGCCACCCAACAUCAGCCAGGUGAAGACAGAUGUCGUUGACAGCCCGAGCCGGAGCAUGUUGGUUUUCUCAGUUAUCCAGCCCUAG